AUUUUUUUUGUUUAUCACAACAACCAAAAACACUAAAAAAUAUUUUUAAAGUGAAAAACAAUGGGGUUACCUCUUUGGAAACCUAGAGAUGUGGAACAGGAAGCUGAACAAGAAGAAUACAUUAAACAUCAAGAAGACAUAGAAGAUGAGGAUUCGUGGUCAAUCUUUUCUCAUCAACUUGUGCAAAAUGUAUAUAAUCGACGACCUACAUCUCGACAUUCUGUAAAUACUAACACUCGUCACUUAUCCCCUUCCUCUAUACCAGUGGCAGCCAACUCACCUCAUCUUCGUCGCUCUCGUAUUGCUAGAAGGCAAUCCAUGUUGACUUCUUCACUUAUGGAUAGACGCAGAACUUCCAGAGUACACCCAUUACCACCCACCUCUUCGUCCCCUCCAGUCCGUAGUGAACUCGAUCGUCGGCUUCAACAAAGGAUGAACGAAAAGGAAGAUUUACUAGAACAAUUACAAUCCACCAUUACUCUAUUGGAUCAACUCCUAUCUGCAGGCAACGAUAUCAGUACAUUAAGCGAAGAUUUAUCAACAGUUGUAGAAUCAGCUGCUUCGUUAGCUAAUAUGGCACCCUCAGUUUUAUCUACAAGUCUGUCCACACCACAGCAUACAUCGUCCAACGAGGUAUCCACGUUGCAUGGGAUGGUGGAUCGACUACUCCAGAUGCCACCUUAUUCAAUCCGUAUCCAUAACAUCGAGACCAACAUUAUCUCGGCCCAUCGACGUAUAAGAGAACAGUUAUGUUUAUUGGGGUCUACCACCAUCCCUCUACCGAUCCCUAGACAAACUUCACCAUUGGAUUCCAGAACCAGCUUUUUUGAUUAUAUCGAGACAAAUUCUUCUAUUUCUCGAUCUUAAUUCUUGUACAUUUUCUUAUUAAUCUAUCUCUAUCUCUCUCUAUCUCUCAUUACCCAUUCCCGCAAAGCAUCACAGUUUUUUUUUUUUUUUUAAUCUUUAUUGACUUACCCAUCUAUGCUUCUCUUUUUUCUUUUUUUCUUUUCUUUUUUAUAAACCCU